AUGGUAUUAGUUUUAAUAGUCACCACCGUCCAUCGCCGCCGCCGCCGCCACCACCGGCAGCCACCACCGACCAUUGUCGACCACUUCCACUACUACAAACCUACUGCACCACCUCUACAACCACCGUCUACCACCAUUGGCCACCACUACCACCGCCCACAACCACCUCUUCCUUCGACAGUCAGCCACAACUACCUCAUCCACCGUUGCCGGCUGCCGCCACCACCACUACCAUCUUCACAUCCUCCGGUCACUAUCGUCUACCGGCCACCACCCCCUCUACCCCCACCACCAUUGUGGUUGCAACAACCUCCACCGUGCCUCUUGUCCACUAUCUUUACAUCCUCUACAGUCUCAGUUGUCCACCACCAUCUAUCAGCUAACCACUACCACCGUCCACUGCCACUUCUACCUCCACCACAUCAGCCACACCUACCUCCUCCACCACUGCCGACCCCCAGCACCACCAGUAUCUACCAUUUUCACAUCUUCCAUAGUCACCGUCAUCCACCACUCACCACUGCCUCUACCCUCACCACCAUUUUCGCUACAACAACCUCCAUCGCACCUCCGCCAGUCCGUAAGGAUCUUCCAAACCGAAUAAAACAUAGUUUUUCUUUUGUAUGA